AUGGCGUUUCUUUCAUUCAGAUCUGACACCAGCGUUUCGGGCAGUGGUUUCGAACUGCAAUGGUCGGCCCUGGAUUCGACUGCCAUCGUCAGUAGCGUCACAGCUGAUGGAGGAGGGUCGGAGGUCAAAACUGCAGCAACCAGUACAUGGACCACGACUGUCGUUCCAAUUGGUACCGCCAGGUGGAAGAUACUGGUUCCCGCCGGUAAGCGGAUUCGUCUCGUCUUCAACUCUCUCAGCCUGGAGCAUCACGGCAGUUGCAACUACGACUACCUCAAGAUAUAUGAUGGAGGUGGCACAUACGCCGGCUCCAUCGGGAAAUUUUGUGGUUACACCGUUCCGGAACAACUGAUCACCUCUGGAAACAUUGCGACUCUUUAUUUCAGAUCUGACACCAGCGUUUCGGAGAAAGGUUUCGAACUGCAGUGGUCGGCCCUGAAUGGAGGUGUGUCGGAAGUUACAACGGUAGCUACCACAACGUUGGGACAUCCGACUGCCACCGUCAGUAGCGUCACAGCUGAUGGAGGAGGGUCGAAGGUCAAAACUUCAGCUGCUACUAGUACAUGGACCAAGGAAACCACUGGGACCGAGCGGCCAGACAAUGUCGCCCCAACCACCAACAGUGGACUUCCGGCAACUACUACCAGUAUAUGGACCACGGAAACCACUGGGACCGAGCGGCCGGACAAUGUUGCCCAAACCACAAACAGCGCAUGUUCGCUUUUGGGGACCCGGGGCGGCUACGCCGUCCAUUCGGCUUUGUCUGGUACUAUCAGGAGCCCAGGGUUUCCUGACAGGUACCCAUCUCGAACUAGCUGCAGGUGGAAGAUCCUGGUUCCCGCCGGCAAGUGGAUUCGUCUCGUCUUCAAUUCUUUCAGUCUAGAGGGGUUCUUGGAUUGCACCUAUGACUACCUCCAGAUCUACGAUGGGGGUGACGACUCCGCCCGAUCCAUGGGGAAAUUUUGUGGGGAAAACGUUCCAGAACCACUGAUCACUUCUGGGAACAUGGCGUUUCUUUCAUUCAGCUCUGACCAGGUCAUAAGCAAGAAGGGUUUUGAACUGCAGUGGUCGGCCCUGGAUGCGACUCCCACCGUCACAGCUGAUGGAGGAGGUUCGGAGGUUACUGCAGGUACUACAGCAUUUGGACAUCCGACAACUACUACCAGUACUACCGAUCGGCCAGACAAUGUCGCUCCAACCACAAACAGCGGUGUGCAGUCUGUGCUAUACGGAUGAAAGGUGUAACACUCGCGUCCUGACCGGCCAUAGCGAAGCUCGAGCCCCAGGCGGAAGUCACGCUGGCUCGUGUCUAUCUUGGCCCUUACAAUGUGUCUGGAUAUCCUGGCA